AUGGCGGCCAGCCUGGGACUGGAGUUGCUCCCUGUGCUGAUCCACCCCACGCACAUUUAUUCAAGUAAUAACAUUGUCAUGCCACGAUCAAGCAGUUCCUCCCAGUCUACCUCGGCUGGCACGCAUACACCCAACACCAGCAUCACGAGUGCACAGCCAGUCUCCUUGUGGUCUCGCUCUCGCUUCUAUAUCUCUACUGGAGUGUACCUGGGUGCAUAUGCUGCUGGAUCUGAUGAACCUGGCCCAGAGGGCCUCACCUCCACCUCCCUGCUGGACCUCCUGCUGCCCACGGGCCUGGAGCCACUGGACUCGGAAGAGCCCAGUGAAGCUAUGGGACUCGGAGGUGGCCUGGGAGCCCCUGGUUCUGGCUUUCCCAAUGAAGAGAGUGAGGAGUCUCGGAUCUUGCAGCCGCCACAGUACUUCUGGGAAGAGGAGGAAGAGAUGAAUGACUCAAGCCUGGACCUGGGACCCACUGCAGACUAUGUUUUUCCUGACUUAACUGAGAAGGCGGGUUCCCUAGAAGACACCAGCCAGACUCAAGAGGUGCCAAGCUUCCCUUCUCCCCUGCCCAAGAUGAAUCUGGUUGAGCCCCCUUGGCAUAUGCCUCCGGAAGAGGUGGAAGAAGAGGAGGAAGAAGAGGAGGAGGAGGAGGAGGAGCGGGAAAAAGAAGAGGAGGAGAAAGAAGAGCUGCUGCCUGUCAGUGGAUCCCAAGAAGCCAGCGCCCAGGCCCAUGACUUCCCUCCCAUCAGCAGAAGCCAGAUGCCAGGGUCUGCCAUACACAGGCAAGAGGAUGCUGAGGAUCAGGCUGCCUCAGGUGGAGAGGUGGAGAGCAGCGUGGAACCAAGGUUGUCAGUGUUCUCGGCCACCCCCAGUGGAGCAGCCCUGGGGGAUCAGGAUUUCCCGAGCACAGAGGCAGGGCCCUCCUUACUGCCAGCUGCAGGGUUCGGGACAGAGUUUGAGGUUCCCCAGGAACUGGAGAAGGAAGCAACUGUGGGAGCAGAUGAAUGGGCUGGCAGGCAAGUCACAGUGCCGGCUGUGGCGUCCUCUCCUCAAACGGAAGUGCUGGGUGGGGCUGAGGUUCCAGAAGAAGAUCUUCAUCACCGCAGAACUGCAGCUCCUUUCUCACUGGCACCCCGAGACGUGGAACUGACACCUUCCCCUGCUGCUUCGGGACAUGAAGACCUCCACCAGAAGUUCCAGGAGGGACAGGCACCUGAAGUUCAAUCUAGGAUACCCUGGGACUCUACCCAGGUGAUCUGCAAAGACUGGAGCAACCUGGCUGGGAAAAACUACAUCAUUUUGAACAUGACAGAGAAUAUAGACUGUGAGGUGUUUCGGCAGCAUCGAGGGCUGCAGCUUCUGGCCCUGGUGGAGGAGGUGCUGCCCCGGCAUGGCAGCAGCAGCCAUGGGGAUUGGCACAUCUCCCUGAGCAAGCCCAGCGAGAAGGAGCAGCACUUGCUAAUGACCCUGGUGGGCGAGCAAGGAGUGGUGCCCACUCAAGAUGUCCUUUCCAUGCUGGGUGACAUCCGCAGGAGCCUGGUGGAGAUCGGCAUCCAGAACUAUUCCACCACGAGCAGUUGCCAGGCGAGGCCCAGCCAGGUACGCAGUGACUAUGGGACGCUCUUUGUGGUAUUGGUGGUCAUUGGUGCCAUCUGUGUCAUCAUCAUCGUGCUCGGCCUGCUCUACAACUGCUGGCAGCGGCGACUGCCCAAGCUCAAGCAUGUGUCCCACGGAGAGGAGCUGCGCUUCGUGGAGAACGGCUGCCACGACAACCCCACGCUGGACGUGGCCAGCGACAGCCAGUCAGAGAUGCAGGAGAAGCAACCCAGCUUGAACGGCGGUGGGACCAUUAACGGCCCCGGAGGCUGGAGCACGCUCAUGGGAAGCAAGCGAGACCCCGAGGACUCCGACGUGUUCGAGGAAGACACGCACCUGUGA